AGAUUGAUUUAAUGGAUAAAUGGUUUAAUACCACCGUCAUAUUGUCUCAUGUCACUCCUGGACCAGUGUAUGUAUUUGCAUUCAGCAACAAUGUUUUCAUAUAUUUUAAUAUAUCUGUAUGUCAUUUUGAAAAAUUUUGGCGUUCGUAUAAAUUCUAACAUUUUAGAUAAUGCAUAUGCUUUUAUAUAUUUAGAAAUUAUUUUUGUAGCUAGCGUUUUAACAUUCUGAUGAAAUUUUUUUGGGGAACAAUAAUUGUUAUACACGGCAGUCGGAAUGAGCGGCAGCAAAUGGCUAUUGUCGCCGGCGGUGCCGCCGCGGAAACGUCAGUGGCUCGUCUAUAGGUUAUUAAUAUAACAUUAAUGCAUGUCCAGCUGAAUUGUGGAUUGUAAAAACAUCGCCGAUAAAAGAUAUUACCAAGUACCAACGGCAUCACCAACGUGAUGUCAACCUCGCAAGUUUUCCAAGCGCAGUUGACAGGCUUCAGCAUCUUACUGCUAUUUUACCUACUGAGUACUGUACCUGUGGCCUGGGACGUGAUUGUAUAUCUGUUUGUUUUCAUCCUUACGGCCGAUUUCCACUGUUGCGUUUUUCGUACGCACGUACACGCACGUAAAACUUGGAAUCCUUCUAUUUUUUAAAUAUUUUACAAAUAAGUUAACAAAUGCAUACUAAAACUUGCGGAACACUAAAUUCUGUUGCUUUAUUUAUUUGGUUAUUUCAUAAGCAACAUUUAAACGGAUUAAAAGUUUUACGUGCGUAUACGUACGUAUGAAAAACGCAAAAGAUAAAAACGUCCGUGGUGAAAAGUCGAAUUACUGACGAGUUCGAUCAUAAAGGAAGCAAUUUUCGGUUUCUUUAAGGGUGUAUUCCUAAUGGCUGUAAUGUUCGUAUUUUUAGUCCAGAAACUCAGACUUACAUUAAGAAGUUAGAAGACGAGAGGCGUGGGAAAGAAAGAGGGAAAGGCAAGGACAACAGAUCUUUCUUUGCGAAAUAUGUAAGUUAUAUUUCAGGGUUCAUAGGGGUCUUUGAAAUCCUUGAAAGUCUUUAAAUUGGAAUGCAGGUCUUUGAGGUCUUUGAAAAGUCUUUAAAUUGUGUGAAAAAGCGAAGAAAGUCUUUAAAAGUCUUUAAAUUCUUUAGUGAGGAAUUGAUUAUACGAUUUCCUAGCUAAUGAAAUAGAUUGAUUGAAUCAAGAUUUUCGGAAAUAUCGACGAAAAUGCGCAUUUUAGGAUGUGAUUUGACGGGACUAAUUACUGGGUAAAAAUGGUGCUUACACUCGCAAUUUUUCGACAGCUGAUUGCAUUCAAAGGUCUUUGAAAAGUCUUUGAAAAUAAGCAGAAAAAAUCUUUGAAAGUCUUUGAAUUUUUUUGGUCUUGGAGACGACGAACCCUGUAUUUGAUCUUGAUAUUGUGUGAACGAGUCAUUACAUUCUGCACGUCCCAACUGGUCAUGAGGAACCAGUGCACUGAACACUGAAACAUUGGGAUGCUUGAUUGCAACACUAACUAUAAUGUGAUGUAUAAUGUCAGGUGACGCAAGGAAAGACAUAUAUGUUAUUGACUGAGCGAGUGGUCCGGACUGUAGGAUAUUAGUCGAGUUCUUUUUUCCUUUCUACAAACAAAAAAGAUGGAUGCUAAUAUCCUACUGUCCAGACCGAACAAACCUGUUUUUAGUCCAAUUUCACUUUAGUUCGACGAAAAAGCCGUUCAAUGGCCGCAAGUAUUAAGUAUCAUUCCGUUAGGCAUUUCAAGUGUUAUAAAAAGCGUUUUAAUACAUGUAAACAACGUUUUAGCAGAAUCUAUGUAGAGCAUAGAUAUCUUAUAUACACUAUAGAUAGCGCAUCUAAUUAUUCUACAAUUCAAAAAUUGAAGCCGUGUUUGCAGAUUCGUAUGUUCUCUAUUUCUUAAACACGGAACUUAAAUAUUAAGGUAGACCUAUUCCAAAUAUAUAUUUUUAAACUAUUCAAAUGAUGAAAGUUAUUGUUGUUUUUUAAGCGUUUGUUAGCGAGUUGGAAACACCAACAUGGCCGCCAUAUGGGGGUAACCGCUGGAAUAUUCUUGGCUUCAAUUUUACUAAACGAGAUGCGCUAUCUAGUCUAUAUAAGAUAUCUAAUAUAUAUAGAGUAGAAUAGUAAGUUAUUUUACAAUAUAUAUAAAAAAAACUUACCAAUUAAGGUCACAUAUUUGUGGUCUUUUUUACUACGAAAAGAAUUUUUGAAGUUUUUCUUCACUAGCGGUCUAUCUUAGUUGGCGAUCUAUACUAUUAUAAGUUAUUGAGUAUUGCAGGUAACCGACUGCUCAGGUACCAAUCAAAAUACAACAUUUUGGAGAUGGACGGCCUAGCCAUAUAAUAAUGUAUGUUGUUAUAUAGUUAGUGUCAAAGUUCAAUUUUUCUGUUUGCCGAUUGGUCAAAACUGUGUCACGUGCCGGUCCACAAAACGUCAUGUUCGGCAACCGGUCCGCAAUCAAACAUUAGAGAGGUUAAGAUACCCCGGUUCCGGUUUACGGGUACGGGUGAUAUACACGUACCCGUAAACCUGGGAACGACUUGUAACUUAAGAAAUCCAAGAUAUUCCGGCAUGCGUAAACCUAUCAGAGAAUGGCAAGUUUCGCUGUUGGGGUUCGCCAUAGAUUGUAACUUUGACAAGCAUAAGUGCAUUAUUUAUUUGGGUAAGAUGUUGAAAAUUUGUGCUAUUUAAACGGACCACAAAUAGUAAACACAAAACACCCGUACCCGUUUGCCUUUUACGUGUAGACCAUGGUUUACCGCGAGGAAACGGGUAGAAAUUACGGGUAAAAUGCUGACAUCAGCAAAAAUUGGUAAACAAAAUGGCGAUACUCGUACCCGCGUAGACCGGAACCGGGGUAUCUUAACCUCUCUAAUUACUGACCGGUCAAUAAUAAAAUGGGUGCAAUACGCAUGCGUGUCAACCAUGAAGUUCCAAAGUUCAUUUUUUAAACUUUUUAUUAAACAUCGAUCACGGCGUUCCAUUUAUCCAGUUUUGGUUUCAAAUUAAGUUCACUCCAAUAACCGGUGAAUUAUUCAUACUUUGACACUUAUAUACUAUAUAACAAAACACUUAUUUACUGAGACCUCGGGAAAGCAGUGUGUUUUGUGGCCCCUCGACCGCCGUUGUUGCCCUCGGCUUCUCCUCGGGCAACAACGACGGUCUCGGGUCCACAAAACACACUGUUUCCCUCGGUCUCAGUAAAUAAGUGAUAAAUAUCAGAUUUUCGAACAUUGCUCUGUGUUCCAACGCUCACAUAUUCUUUAGAGCUCAACUCAAUGUUGAACAUCCCUAUGUAAUUGGGAGAGGUUGUCCCAAUCCUUAAUUCUCCCAAAACCCUGUAGUGUUGCAUUCAUUUUAAGAACAACAUCAUUUUCAAACAAAAGUGUGAUAGGGCAUUUCUAUAUGGGUUUUAGGCCAGACAGUGUGAACAGGUCGUAACAAAUCUACAUAAUCGGCUAACUGGUGCUUUACGCGCUCUAACCAUAGACACGCGGUCUAAUCAUAGGCAAUCAAGAAGCCAUUCAAUGUUUACGUUAUACUUUGGUGUUUAUCUUUCUUUCAGUGGAUGUAUAUUGUUCCUCUGCUGUUAUUUCUUUUGCUGUCAGGACAAGAACCUCCCGCCGGGGGUGCCGCUGCUGGAGGAUCAGGAGGAGCUCCGGCUAACUAACAUCACAUCACUCACAGGGAGACACAACGAACAACACAUGCAGAGAACAAUAUUUAAGAUUUUGUUUUAAAUGUCUGCAAAAAUUAAAGUAAUUCUACUAGUGCAGUUUGUAUGCUUGCAUUGUGCACAACUUUCUUUCAAAUUGUAAACAUGCAGACAUUGACAUCAUAUUUUGCGCAACAACCAAAGUUGAAAGUCAGAAGUAAUAUUUUGAAGAACGAGCUUAAAAACAAAAUUCAAUGUAGAUUAUAUUAGGUCUCAGAUGUUCAUUGCAAUGGAAUUAUAUUGAACGCUUGGGUGAACUUUCAUUUCAAAACAGGAAAUAUUGUUCACUACCAAAGAGACUUUGCUAAAUGAGCAUAUUUUAUAAAGCCAACGCCAACGGAAAUCACACUCUAAAUUUAUCAUGAAUCUCAAACGAAAAAUCUAGUUGUACCUGUCAAUGUUAUUUCCCGUUUCAUUUCGGCUCAUUCAUUUACAUGUAGUAUGGCCAAUCCUCUAUUAAGUAAUCUGACUCUCUUAAAUCUCCCUCUUUUUUACCCAACCCCCCUCCCUCCCUCCAUUGAGCCCCCGCAUGUGUCUUAUUUUACGUUUCCAUCGAGUGAUUUACCUUCAGUAUUCAAAAUAAUAUAUAGCUAUAGGAAUUGGAUUACUUCGUCCAUUAUCACCAGAUAUGGCUGGCCCUAUUAUGUUUAGGAUCUCCCCAAAACCAUCCUUUGUUAAUCUAAAUCUGUUCGAAAUUGCUCCUCAUCAUACAUUUCAUAGUUUCAUUUCCCCCUCCUUUCUACAGUCGCAUGCUAUUUGUCAGAAAGUAUAACGUCUCAGUGUCAGUAUUGCUUGUGCGUACGUAUGCAAAUUGUGACGAAUUCAUUGAAAUAAAAAAGGAAAAUAAAUGGAUUUUUCUGCAUUCCCAGCCGCAAUUUAGCUUUCACUCAUGUCACGUCCGAGGUUUGUUUUACCAUAUCUUCUUGGUCGUUGUUAUUCACGCGUCGUGUUAUAUCCUUAGUGGUAAAGAUCACCUAACAUGAGAUGUCAUUCCUGUUGUCCGGUCAUUCCUUCAUUCAAUCUUGUCUUUUGUAGUGCAAACCAUACACUAAGGAUCCCGUAGGCAAUACUACAAAGGCAGGGCUCGAACUAGAGAAAAAAUAUGGCCUGCAGGCUAAAAUUGUUUUGGCAGGUGAAAUAAAUUUUAGCCUGCAUGCCAUUUUUAUUCAUUGAACUGCCAAAAUGGCGAUGCCUCAUAGGAGUCGUAUAUUCAUUUGCAAAAAUCAAUGUUUUCAU